CCUAAAAAAGAAAGCACUGCUUUUACAAUUCUCGCUUCCCGGACUCUCUCUUCUACUCUCUUCUCCUGAACUCCGCGGCGCAGAUCCGAGGAGUUUUGGGAAAAAUCCGCACUUCAACCCAACCUUUGAACGCUGCUCAGUUUCUUUUUUCUUCUUCGAUCUUUCCUCGAAUCGAGUUUCCAUUGUUGUCAGUCAUGGCUGGAGCGGCACCUGAAGGUUCUCAAUUUGACGCGCGUCAAUUUGAUGCCAAAAUGAAUGAGUUACUUGGAACUGACGGCGAGGAAUUCUUCACAAGUUAUGAUGAGGUGUACAACAGUUUCGAUGCUAUGGGCUUGCAGGAAAAUCUGCUUAGGGGCAUCUAUGCCUAUGGUUUUGAGAAGCCCUCUGCAAUUCAGCAGAGGGGAAUUGUUCCGUUCUGCAAAGGGCUUGAUGUGAUUCAACAGGCUCAAUCCGGUACUGGGAAAACUGCAACCUUCUGCUCUGGAAUUCUGCAACAAUUAGAUUACAAUGUAGUUGAAUGCCAGGCUUUAGUUCUGGCACCCACUCGUGAACUUGCACAACAAAUUGAGAAGGUCAUGCGAGCACUGGGUGAUUAUCUUGGUGUUAAGGUUCAUGCUUGCGUUGGAGGUACCAGUGUUCGUGAAGAUCAGCGUAUUCUUUCAAGUGGGGUUCAUGUUGUGGUUGGUACACCUGGUCGAGUGUUUGACAUGUUGAGAAGGCAGUCAUUGCGCCCUGAUUACAUUAAGAUGUUUGUGUUGGAUGAAGCUGAUGAAAUGCUUUCGAGAGGGUUCAAGGAUCAGAUAUAUGACAUCUUCCAGUUGCUGCCCCCGAAAAUUCAAGUUGGCGUAUUCUCGGCUACCAUGCCACCCGAGGCCCUUGAAAUUACAAGGAAAUUUAUGAAUAAGCCUGUCCGUAUUCUUGUAAAGCGUGAUGAGCUAACCCUUGAGGGUAUCAAGCAGUUUUAUGUUAAUGUGGAAAAGGAGGAAUGGAAGCUUGAAACCCUUUGCGAUCUUUACGAGACCCUGGCCAUCACUCAGAGUGUUAUCUUUGUUAAUACCAGGCGCAAGGUUGAUUGGCUCACUGACAAGAUGCGCAGUCGUGAUCAUACAGUCUCUGCCACCCAUGGUGACAUGGACCAGAAUACAAGAGAUAUCAUCAUGCGAGAAUUCAGAUCUGGUUCUUCACGAGUUCUCAUCACCACAGAUCUCUUGGCCCGUGGUAUUGAUGUCCAGCAAGUCUCUCUUGUUAUCAACUAUGAUCUGCCUACUCAACCUGAAAACUACCUGCAUCGUAUUGGGCGAAGUGGACGGUUUGGUAGAAAGGGUGUCGCCAUAAACUUUGUUACCAAAGACGACGAUCGUAUGCUUGUUGAUAUACAAAAGUUCUACAAUGUUGUAAUUGAGGAGCUGCCAGCAAAUGUUGCGGAUCUCCUGUAAUGGGGUUUUGGGUCCCUGAGUUUGUCUUCCUUAUUUGAAGUACUUUACUGUCUUAUUUCAUAGGCUAGUUUAAUGUGUAAUGGACCGUGGAUGGGAGAUACAUGUGCUGUGAUUUGCAGAGGGAGCUAUGCAUCUGCCCAUGUGAUGGGGUUUCAAAACUACUGUUGAAAAUUUUUGGUUUGUUUCUUUUUUUAUUUAUUUUUUGUAUUUUCUGUCCAAAAUAACUGCAGAUUUGGAUGAUGUUGGAGUUUAUUGAGUCUUGAAGUUGGGUUUAGAUUU